AAGGCUUUUUAAAACAAAACUUAUAUUUAAUGUUACAUCUUGCAACACAUGCUCCUCUAUCAUCUCAGGUAAGCAAGUGAUAGAGACUCUAGAGAUGAAGGUCACACCACAUGUUGCCUUUAACUGCUGCACUGAGCCCAUCCUGGGGGCAGAACCACAGCUAGUUGAAGGAGGGAACGUGCUGAAGUCUUUCUUCUCAUCUUUGCCAUUAAUCUCAUUUCAUUUGUUACUCUAAAUUGGAGUGGGGGACCCCAUUGAAGACAAGCAGACCUUCAUUCCAGGAGCCGGUUGCUGUUGCUCUGGCUUUAUUGGGAAAGUAGGAUGUCAAACAACAUGGCCAAGAUCGCAGAUGCAAGAAAAACGGUAGAACAACUGAAACUGGAGGUCAACAUAGAGAGGAUGAUGAUAUCCAAAGCAGCAGCUGAGCUGAUGGCCUACUGUGAAGCUCAUGCCAAAGAGGACCCCCUGAUGACACCGGUACCAUCUUCUGAGAACCCGUUUCGAGAGAAAAAAUUAUUCUGUGUAAUACUAUAACCCCCACAUGUGCAAGACAAAUGUCUACACAUUAACACUUUACGUUUGUUAUUUUAAUGUGUGAAUUUAAUUUCAGUUUCAAUAACAAAAAAAAACAUUUUUUUAGUUGAGAACUGAGAAAUGAUCGUCAUUUGGACCUGAUAAUGAUGGUAAUAAAGAUUUAUCAAAAGAGGGUGCAAAGUUCAUUUGAACAGGCCAGCACUGCUGCCUCUCCUUUUGUACACAGAUUGUAUCUGAGCUUAUAUAUUAACUCA